CCCUACCGUGACGUCGGUCAUAGUGAACUUAAACACGGCGUCAUCAACCCUCUUCUGCUCGUGCGUACGAGGCAUAGUAGGCGUUACCUAGAUCCGGAGUUGAGUACGUUUCAGUGAGUGAAAGAAUGUUUUUCAAUAGAGUCGGUUUGUGAAUGCCAAGCUCAGAACCGGUCGAACAUAUCAACACGUCGGACCUCGACACACCGCCUCAUGAGAUUGGACUUUUGUGACUGAGAGCCGGUCAUGCAUGCCAAGCUCAGAACCGGUCGAACAUAUCAACACGUCGGACCUCGACUCACCGCCUUAUGAGAUUGCACUUUGGUGACUGAGAUCCAAGCUGGAGCACCUGAGGAGAGUAUUUACUGAUACUCCCACUGAGCUUUGAAUCCCCAGGACAAGCAACAGCAGAUGUGUUGUGCCACGAUGCGGGGAAAUUGCAUCAACUCAAGGCGCAAAUGUGUAGCGUUGAUGAUGACCUGUGUGACAUUCCUGUUGGUCCGCUAUUAUCUACACAACAGCAGUAUUGAUAUGGCACCAACGUCCAUGUCAUACGGUACGUCAAAUCCCUCAAAUACCUUAAUGACUGAAUCAAAAACUGACUGGAGUAGAUCAACUCUAGCAAUCCUCACACAAGCAAAGAAUAGAUCGCAGGUACAGAUGUCAAGCUACACCCGUGUUGCUGAUCCACGUUUUUCCGAAAUACGCAUCAAUGGAAGGUACCAGUUUCAACUCGGAGACGUCAUAAAUGUCUCCAUCAUCCUGAAGGACAGAGAGGGCAGGAUGAUUGUCACAGGAGGAGAUGACAUCAGGAUAUGGAUGAAAUCUACCAAUGGCAGGAACAGAACUUCCGGUCACGUCAUUGAUCACGGAAACGGAAGUUACACGGGAGUUCUACGAGCAUUCUGGGAAGGACAUCCUGUUAUUACGGUAUCCAUUGCCUGGACAAGACAACUUCUUAACAUUAGAGACAGAUUACGUUCAUCAAAUGUUCCGUACACAUUCACAUAUGCUUCCUUUGAAAAGGGGUCUCUAAGGGAAGUAACUCGAUGCAAUAUAACCAAGACAACAGAGAACAUGUGUAAUUAUACUGCACAAAAUGGCGGACAUCCAUGGCUGUGUGAAAGACCUAAAACAAAACUUCUUCCAUGUUGGUCGCGGAAAAGCCACCAAUCGGUUGUAGCUGGUGAUUAUCACACACCUGCUGAGAAACAAUUCAUAAAAAGACAUCCUCCUCAUCAGAUUCUCCGGAGAAUUUCAGCGUCCAUAAGUCGAGGUAACUUUCGUCCGGUAACACGGAUCAGCUGUUCGAAACUACCAGCUAGACAAACAUGGAGGGACGACUUUUCUUCGGGGUACAGCUCACAUGGAAGCAACACGGGAGUCUGGCAUCCCCAACUCUGCCGGUACUCGAUACAGCAUACAGUACAAGCCUAUAAGGGAUGCCUAACAAACAGGCGCCUGUGGCUGUAUGGAGAUUCCACAACCAGGCAAUGGUUUGAAUAUAUUUCACGUUUCCUUGGGAAGGAAAUGGUUGCAUACAGGAAAUACGAGCCGCAAGUAGCUUUUAUGAGUGAUACAAACAGUUCUAUUUUCUGUGGACCCCAUGAAUUUCCUUUCAACACAGGGAAUGGCUGGACUAAUGCAACAUUUAACAAACCCUUGAAACAAUACCUUGAUAAGAUUCCCAACAACUCCAAGGAUAUUGUAGUGUUUCAUCAAUUAGCUCACCUGGUAAAUUUUGGACCUGAUAUUUAUAGAGAUCAUCUUCGCAGGAACGUCAGAAGCUUCAGAGAAUUUAUUUUCAGGGUCCCAAAAGCUAUCGUGGUUGUCAAAGGGACAAGCACUUUCAGACGUUUUGAAAGAGAUAAAUUCGGAGACAUGAAUGCUAUGUUGUAUGAUCCAAUCUUGAAAGAAGAAUUUUCUUUGAUCAAGGACCGGGUUAUUUUUCUUGAAUUUAUUCAGAUGACCUUAGCAUUCGAAGUUCAAGGCCUCCAUCCCGACAUGGAGGUGGUUAAACUAAUGGUCCAUCACCUGAUGGGGAGUGUGUGUGGAAGAGACUAGUGUGUUUGUUGUGUGACCGUCUUUGGCAAGAAUAAAUACAGGCAAUAUU